AUGGAUAGCUUGAAGAAAAGGAUAAGACUGAUGUCUCUGCUCUGCCCUUGUGGUCUAGGCAAUAACGCUUCUUAAUACUAGUUUCUGGAAAGCACACGAAGGCAGAGAAGACUCUUGUGCUCCAAUCCUGCUUGCCGGUUUCCCACAGGCAUCUGGUUGGCUUCUGUGAGAAGAGGAUGCUGGACUUGGUGGGCCUUUGCCUGAUCCAGCAGGCUCUUCUUAGGAUUCUCUUUCCUCCCAGACUCCCAAACAGGUGAGGAAGAUGAAAGUCAGAAUUCUAUGGAGCCACAUGUGAAUUUAUGGGGAAAAACAAAGAAAUUGAGGAUACAACAACAAACUCACAAAGGAGAUAAACAAUUUGAAUGUUUUGAAUGUGGAAAGAGCUUCAGUGACAGUGGAAAACUUAGAAUACACCAACGAACUCACACAGGGGAAAACCAUUUGAAUGUUUUGAGUGUGGAAAGAGCUUCAGUGAAAGUGGAUCACUUAGAAUACACCAACGAACUCACACAGGGGAGAAACCAUUUAGAUGUAUUGAAUGUGGAAAGAGUUUUAGCAUAAGCGGAGCACUUAGAGUACACCAACAAACACACAGGGGAGAAACCAUUUAAAUGUAUUGAAUGUGUAAAGAGCUACAGUGAAAAUGGAUAUGUAAAGAGCUUCAGUGAAAGUGGAAAUCUUAGAAGACACCAACGAACUCACACAGGGGAGAAACCAUUUGAAUGUAUUGAAUGUGGAAAGAGUUUCAGUGAUAGUGGAUCACUUAGAAGACACCAACGAACUCACACGGGGGAGAAACCAUUUGAAUGUAUAGAAUGUGGAAAGAGCUUCAGUGAUAGUGGAUCACUUAGAAGACAUCAACGAACUCACACAGGGGAGAACCCAUUUAAAUGUAUGCAGUGUGGAAAGAGCUUCCAUGAAAGUGGAGCACUUAGAAGACAUCAACAAACUCACACAGGGGAGAAACCAUUUAAAUGUAUGGAAUGUGGAAAGAGCUACAGUCGAAGUGGAGAACUUAGAAUACACCAACGUACUCACACUGGGGAAAAACCAUUUCAAUGUAUGGAAUGUGGAAAGAGCUUCAGUGAUAGUGGAUCAUUUAGAAUACACCAACGAACUCACACAGGGGAGAAACCAUUUAAAUGUAUGCAGUGUGGAAAGAGCUUCCAUGAAAGUGGAGCACUUAGAAAACAUCAACAAACUCACACAGGGGAGAAACCAUUUGAAUGUGUGGAUUGUGGAAAGAGCUUCAGUCAAAGUGGGACACUUAGAAGACAUCAACGAACUCACACAGGGAGAAACCAUUGAAAUGUAUUGAAUGUGGAAAGAGCUUCAGUGAAAGUGGAGCACUUAGAAUACACCAACGAACUCACACAGGGGAGAAACCAUUUAAAUGUAUUGAAUGUGGAAAGAGCUACAGUCGAAGUGCAGAACUUAGAAUACAUCAACGAACUCACACGGGGGAGAAACCAAUUAAAAGUUUAUAGUGGCACCAGCUUUCCUGAUCAAGAGUCCACUUUGUCAGACUGCAGCCCACAAGAGCUUAGGCCAUAAUACAUUUAUCAGCUUUUAAGGGCUGCAAAGAUGAAUAAACAGAAGCAUAGUUCAUCUAUGGAAUCCACCCUACAGGAGACAGUGACAGCCAGCAACAUGGAUAGCUUGAAGAAAAGGAUAAGACUGAUGUCUCUGCUCUGCCCUUGUGGUCUAGGCAAUAACGCUUCUUAAUACUAGUUUCUGGAAAGCACACGAAGGCAGAGAAGACUCUUGUGCUCCAAUCCUGCUUGCCGGUUUCCCACAGGCAUCUGGUUGGCUUCUGUGAGAAGAGGAUGCUGGACUUGGUGGGCCUUUGCCUGAUCCAGCAGGCUCUUCUUAGGAUUCUCUUUCCUCCCAGACUCCCAAACAGGUGAGGAAGAUGAAAGUCAGAAUUCUAUGGAGCCACAUGUGAAUUUAUGGGGAAAAACAAAGAAAUUGAGGAUACAACAACAAACUCACAAAGGAGAUAAACAAUUUGAAUGUUUUGAAUGUGGAAAGAGCUUCAGUGACAGUGGAAAACUUAGAAUACACCAACGAACUCACACAGGGGAAAAACCAUUUGAAUGUUUUGAGUGUGGAAAGAGCUUCAGUGAAAGUGGAUCACUUAGAAUACACCAACGAACUCACACAGGGGAGAAACCAUUUAGAUGUAUUGAAUGUGGAAAGAGUUUUAGCAUAAGCGGAGCACUUAGAGUACACCAACAAACACACAGGGGAGAAACCAUUUAAAUGUAUUGAAUGUGUAAAGAGCUACAGUGAAAAUGGAUAUGUAAAGAGCUUCAGUGAAAGUGGAAAUCUUAGAAGACACCAACGAACUCACACAGGGGAGAAACCAUUUGAAUGUAUUGAAUGUGGAAAGAGUUUCAGUGAUAGUGGAUCACUUAGAAGACACCAACGAACUCACACGGGGGAGAAACCAUUUGAAUGUAUAGAAUGUGGAAAGAGCUUCAGUGAUAGUGGAUCACUUAGAAGACACCAACGAACUCACACGGGGGAGAAACCAUUUAAAUGUAUGGAAUGUGGAAAGAGCUACAGUCAAAAUGAAGCACUUAGAAGACACCAACGAACUCACACGGGGGAGAAACCAUUUGAAUGUAUUGAAUGUGGAAAGAGCUUCAGUGAAAGUGGAUCACUUAGAAUACACCAACGAACUCACACGGGGGAGAAACCAUUUAAAUGUAUGGAAUGUGGAAAGAGUUUCAGUGAUAGUGGAUCACUUUGA